AUGGUUCUCAGAUCUUCAAAGUCUCCAAGUAAACCAUCUCCUCCUCCAAGAAAAAGAAGAUUCUUGCAGAAAAUAUCAGACUCUGACUCUGAUGAAGCACCUCCACCUCCUCCACCAGCUAAGAAACAGAGGAAGAAGAUCAAGCCCACUAAUAUAACUGACCUGACUGUUGAGCCACCUCAGUCAGAGGAUCUCAUACAGGCCUUGAUCCCAUUCUCUGAUCAACCUUCAAGUGCAGAGCCAGUCCUGAUUGAACCUAUCUCUGCAGUUCCACUUGAAACAAUGGCAGCUGACAUUCAAAUGUCAGAAUCAAUAUCUGAAUGUAAUGAUCAACCAGCAGUGGCCAAAUCAGAUGAAAUGUUGAAGUUGAAUCAGGAAUCUCUUAUUCAACAUGAAGACAUCAAUGCAGCUGAUACUCAUGUGUCAGAUAAAACUCCUGAUAUUCCAAGCCAAUCAGAAGAUGCACAUAUAGAGGAGGUUCCUAUAGCUGCAACUUCUGAUGCAGCUACAGAAGCUCUGGCAUCUCAUACUCUGAGUAUAUUUGUCAAUGAGGAUGAUGAUGAUGAUGCAACAGAGGUUACCUCUGUUCCAAUUCAAACUUCUGCUUCUCCAACCUCUGAUCCAGUCAGGGAAUCAACUCCAGUCAGAAUUGAUUCUCCAGUACAUACACUGUCACCAGUCAGAGAAUCUACUCCUACUCCAGUUCAUGCGUCUCCAAUUCAACAUCCCAUUUCUGCACAGAGAAAAGUCUGUCAACUAUCAUAUUUCAAGAGGAUGUGCAGAGCUCCACCUCCAUCUGUGGAAGACAGACUGGCCUCUAUUGAGGCCACCCAAACAUCAAUGCAGCAUACUCUGGCUGAUUUGAGCUCCUCUGUAGCUCAGCUGGUUCAAGUUUUCACCUCUACUGAUGUCAAAAAGGGGGAGAAGAUAUCUAAAGACAAAUGCAAAUCUGACUAG